AAGGUGUGUCAGUUGUCAUAUUAUAACGCGUUUUGUUUACGUUUUGUUACAAAGUUCCGAAUUUCGACAAUUUACAUAAUAAAUACGUUAGAUGUGAUAGUUUUUAAGCAAUCUACACCAUAAUUUACUUAAAAAAGAAAAUGUCGCGUCAUCCAUCACAAGAAAGCACGACCACUUAUUUACAACCGCUUGAAGAUUUGAGACACAAUGCAGAUUUGAAUCGUAACGAAGAUUAUCCAAAGAUUAACGAAUUAUUUUGUCAGGAUGGUGUUUUGCUUGAAUCAGGACCAGCAUCACACAUUGAAUACAUAAGAGCUCCAGGUACUUUGUUUAUUACAAGGUAUGAAAACUGUGACUCAUCUUCGUUAUAUGUCGAAUGGAAACCUUUGGAGAGUUUUACAAUUGAGUCAGAUACUCAAGAUCAAGAAUGGGCGGUUGUGAACACUAUCGAAAAAAGAACGAGAACUUUAAGUGGAAGUUUACUCCCCGAAGAAGCAAAUAGAAGUAAAUACUUAAAAAUCAAAUUAAGUGAAGUUAAAAGCUAUAAAUUGGGGACUAACCAUAGAAAAUUAACGUUUAAUGAUGGCAGUGGUGAAUCAUUAUGUAGCUUUUCUUUUCAAAAUGGAAAUUCGGAUUGUUUUAAUAAUGUUUUGAGGCAAUAUAUAAAAACUGCCCCAGCCAGAAGAGAUAAAAACCAUUAUGUGAUUAUUGGUGAAAUUACAGAGGCUGAGAAUCAAUUUAAAAAAACUUUCGGUGAACUUUCUUUGUUUCCUGAUGAACAACCUCAUUAUAUGUGGUACCUUAUGAAAAAUUUUCAACAAGAUCCACUUGAAAUAACUAAAGCAGCUUUUGCUCGAAUGGCAGAUAUAGUACUAGCAAGUCACGGUGAAAGAGAAAUGGAAGAUGACGUAAAAGCCCUUUUAAAUAAAAGCAUCACAACGCUAGAAUCAACAACAACAACUCAAGGCGAAUACGAAAUUGUAACGAACGUUUCGGAAUUACCCGACAGAAAAGAUUUUCCAAGGUCACGUCCAUUAACUAAAGAACAAUGGAUCGCUUUGCAAGAUUGUCACGGUCGAAUCGAAGAUGUUGAAACUACGAAAUUAACGAUUUUCCGAGGUGGAGUUACUCCUGAGUUAAGAACGAAAGUUUGGAAGUAUUUGUUGAAUUAUUUUGAUUGGGAUUCAACACAACAAGAUCGCGAAAAUGUUUAUAAAAUCAAAGAAGCGGAAUAUUUUAAAAUGAAAAAGCAAUGGAUGAGUAUGUCCAAAUUUCAAGAGGAUAAUUUUUCUGAUUAUCGAGAUAGAAAAAGUAUCAUUGAGAAAGAUGUUAAUAGAACUGAUAGACACAUGGAUUUUUAUGGCGGAGAUGAUAAUGUUCAUUUACAACAAUUACACGAUAUUUUAAUGACUUAUGUUAUGUACAACUUUGAUUUAGGUUAUGUACAAGGAAUGAGCGAUUUACUUUCGCCAAUUUUAUAUUUAAUGCAAUCGGAAAUUGAUGCAUUUUGGUGUUUUGCUGGUUUUAUGGAAAAAGUGAAUAAUAAUUUUGAUGUUGACCAAGCUGGUAUGAAAGCACAACUCCAACACCUUCACACAUUAUUACAAUUUAUAGAUCCAGAAUUAUUAAAUUAUUUGGAUACUCACGAAUCGGGAAAUAUGUUCUUCUGUUUCCGGUGGUUACUCGUUUGGUUUAAACGUGAAUUGGAAAUGGAGGAUGUAAUGAGAUUGUGGGAAGUUUUAUGGACGGGACUUCCUUGCAAAAAUUUCCAUUUAUUAAUAUCAGUUGCGAUCCUUUUAAACGAAAAAUCCGCUAUAAUCGAAAACGAUUAUGGGUUCACUGAAAUUUUAAAACACGUUAAUGAAUUAUCAUUAAAAUUAGAUGUAAACAAAAUAAUAAAUGAAGCAGAGGGCAUUUAUUACCAAAUAAAAGAAGCUACCCACGCAACAGAUGCAAUAAAAGAUAUUAUAGGGCUCCCAAGGCCUGAAAACAAUCAAGUUGACAGUCCAAAUACGAAUUCGUUCACUUAUUUAGAUGAUAGCGAUCGGACGGAAACCGUUUAUGAAAAAUCAAUUACAAAUAAUUUUUAUUAAUUAAAAAAGAAAAAAUUUGUGAUAUAAGUAACACAAAAUAUUAAUUUUAAGAUUUUAAAUUCACUCAGUAAUUUUUAAGUAAUGUUUUAAGUUGUAAAAAACGAAAUUUAAGAAUAUGUUGAUGUAUUGAUUAAGAAAAAAUAUGUUAACUGUUAUUUUUAGUGCAGCUAAGUGUAAAAAAUUGUUUUUUAAAUAGACAGGUUGCCUUAUUGAAGCCUAAACGAAACAUUACUCAAAAAAGAACGUUAUUAACAAUAAACAUUUUUUUAAGGUUAUGUAGUUUAACCCUUUAUACAGCACUUUGAAAAAAUAAAGAUUAAUAUAAUUCAUUUGUGUA